AUUUUCAUUCCAUUGUUGAGCUCUUCCAAAUCGAACUCCUCUCCUUCGCUGGAUUCUCAUUUUGUUAUUCUAACAACGAAAGGAAAAAAAGAAAAAAAAAAAAAAAACUAUGAUCCGAGCGGCGAAACCAAAAACUCUACUGGAUUCCCUGAAUCACCAGCUUCUUCAACGAUGCUGGAUCAGCGGCACAGCCAAGGGCAAGGGAAAGAUGAAAGCGGGACAGCCUCUCAAGCGUUCCAAAGUCACCACCAAGAAAGGCGGUCCGGCCGCCGAUUCUUCUGCCAAAGGCGCCGGUGGAAGAAUCCCCGAUGAGAAGCAGCGGCUCUACGAUCAGUGCCUCAAUGCCCCUUCGCCUGUCCGCCAUCUUACCUCCAAGGAAAGGGUUAGGGAGGCAGAACGCGAGAAGCUAGGUCUAAUCAGCAAGGACCGGCAGCGGGAGCUUGAUAUUCUGAGGAAAGGCGGUAGGCAGGCCAUGGGGGUUUCCGACGAACCCAUGCCGAUGGGAACGCCUGGAUUUGAUUUGAUAUCAUUGGGUCUGGUGGAUGCUGAGAAGAUUCCUAAGUAUGAGUUAACUGUGGAGGAUGGGAGGAGGCUGGCCAAGGAGUACAGCAGGGUGCUCAUGAGAAGGCAUCGGGCUAGGCAGGCAGCCGAGUCCACGCUGCUUAGACUGAAGAAGGAGGCCAUUGAAGCUUUGCCGGAAAAACUCAGGGAGGCCGCGUUGGUUCCGGACUUGACGCCGUUCCCUGCUAACAGGUUUAUGGCCACGCUUACGCCGCCAAUUGAAGGAUAUAUAGAGAAGGUGAAGGAGGCUGCGAGGAAGAGCUCUGGCAAGGAGAAGCUCAGAUGAUGUUUUCCGGAAAAUCUUUUUUCACAGAAGACCCAUGGCAAAUACUAGGAAACACCUGCCUGUACGUGGAGGCGAACUCAAUCAAAAAUUAUCAUCUCACAGAAGGUCCAUGGGAAGGAUUUCUGGACUUCCAUUGCCACUGUGAUCAGAAAUGUAGUGUUAUGACGGAUUAGCAGCUUCAUUCACAUUGGGGUACAUCAUGGAACAAAUAUUUGUUCCUGCCACAUGCUACUGGUUGCAAUUUAUUAGAAAUUGAUAUGGAAAUUCUGAGUAUGAAUAUAUGGAUUAAUGUUUUGUAAUGUAGUUGAUCUAUGAGAACUUGCUCCCUUGCAAAGGAGAAACUAGAGAAAGUUUGUUCAUUAAUUUUUAAUUUGGAGGUUCUUCUGGCAUAUCUACAUGUAUCCAAUGAAUUCUCACUCUUAUUCUGCUCAAAACAUUAAAUCAACAUUUUGCUGAUCAUUGGGUCUCAAA